CCCGCAUCGGGUGGAUCUCACGCACCCAAAUCCUGGCGGCCGCCGCUUCACCAGCUACGCUAUCUAGAUGACCAUACGUCCUAUCAUCGCGCUCCUAGACGCGUCACGGUGUCAACCGCCCCUAGGGCAUUCGAAAUAGAAUGGUCGCUGGUCUCAAGCUGCCCAGGGCGCAAGAUGGGAUAUAUACCGGACCAACAACCCCUGGAGGCAGUACACACAUACCACACAUCUCGAUCUACGAUGCAAGCCUUCGACUCUGAGCUCGCUGCCCUCAUGGUGGCUCCGCCUACUGCUCCGCCUAGUGACAGGCCGCCGCACGUACCGACUAUUGCUGAAUUGCGCGCACAUUUCGACCGCUAUGUGGCCGGGCCGUUUAUCGCGUACCAGCAGCCUCUCCUUCCAGCGGAAUCCGCAUACACGCUGCGGGACCGGAAGGUAGCGGUGGAGGGCGGGGAGAUUACCGUCCGUACCGUCGUCCCGGUCGCGGAGGAUGGGCACGAAACUUUCCCGGUGCUCGUGAGCAUUCACGGCGGAGGUUGGAGCGUCGGCAGCGUCGAUAUCGACGACUACUUCUUGCGCAAGCUGACGGUGGACCUUAAAUUGACCACCGUGAAUGUCGAGUACCGUCUCGCCCCUGAGCAUCCCUUCCCCACUGCGGUCGACGACUGCCUCGCAGCGCUCAAAUGGGUCGUCCAAAACACGUCCCUCCUCAAAGGGGACCUCACGAAGGGCUUCCUCGUCGGCGGGCACUCGGCAGGGGCGAACCUCUCCGCGGUACUCGCGCACGAGGCGCGCGACGAUCCUUUCUUCGCUGGUCCCGGACGGCAGCUCACUGGACAGGUCAUCCGGGAGCCUUGCUCUAUCCACCCGGAUGCGUACCCCGAAGAGUGGAAGUCGACGUUGCGCUCGAUGGAGGAGAACAAGGACAUGCCGCCUCUCCCGCGCGCCAUCGUCGAGGCUCUCAUCGACUUCUACAAGCCGACUCCCGCGGACCCGCGCUUCUCGCCGCUGCUGUACGCCUCUCACGCGGGCGUUGCUCCCGCGUUCGUGCAGGGUAUGGAGCUCGAUCCCCUGCGCGACGACGCGCGCGCGUACGCGGAUGCUCUGGCGGCGGCGGGCGUUUCCGUGCGCGUGUGCAGAUACCCGGGCGUGUCGCACGGGUUCCACUACAACUACCCGGCGAUCAAGAUCGCGGUGAAGGUGCGCGAGGAGCUCGUGCAGGGCAUCCGGUGGCUGCUCGGGAAGGAGACGUAG